CUGAAUUGCGACAAAAUUUCAAAUUCGGCGAUCUGCCGCUGAAAAGAAUCCCAACAAACAAAUAGGGCUCGUAUCUUGCUCGCAAAGUCAAUCGAUCAUUCUCGUCUUUACGCUCGAUCACCGAAGUUCGAUCGCUGAAUCAGUCGACGAUAAUGGCGGCGGAUUCAAGCUCCUCCUCCAAAAGGAAGUUAUCUGAUCGCGAGGAGAAGACUGGUAAGAGCGGGGAGAAGAAGCCUAAGAAAGAAUCCGACAGUAGCUGCUUGUCGCCUGCGAAGCGCACAAAGAACCCAGGCGUUCGUGUGAUCGGAGGAAGGGUAUACGACUCCGAUAAAGGGAGGACUUGCCACCAGUGUCGCCAAAAAACCUUGGACUUUGUGGCUGCCUGCAAGAAUCAGAAGAAGAACAAGCCUUGCACUAUCAUGUUUUGCCACAAAUGCCUCUUUAAUAGGUAUGGAGAAAAAGCGGAAAAAAUGGCGGACCUGGAGGACUGGAUUUGUCCAAAGUGCAGAGGCAUCUGUAAUUGCAGUUUAUGCAUGAAGAAGCGAGGACACCGUCCCACUGGCAUUCUUGUGCAUACAGCCAGAGCAACUGGUUUUUCCUCUGUUUCUGAUAUGUUGAAUGUUAAAGGCCCUGAAAAUCUUGGUAUAGGCAGGACUGUGAAAGGCAUUGACAUUGGAACAGAGGCUGUUGCUUCAGAAAGGGAGGAACCUCCUAUUGCUCUUCCUAGAAAGCGGGGAAAGGAAAAUUCUUUCAGUGAGACAAAUGUUUCUGCUUCAAACUUUGCAGAGCAAAAACAAAAGAAAAUGAAGUAUGGCAGGUUAAAGGUGAUGCCAGAUAGAAAACAGGAUGAGUGGACUUUGUCAAACAGUCCCUUAAUGCCUCCAGUUUCUAAUCAUAGUUUGAGGGACAUGCAAGAUGGGACACAAGAUGAGUGGACUUUGUCAAAGAAAUGCUGUCCCAGCCCCCAAAAGUGUCAAAUUGCUAAGGAAGGAUUGAAGGCUAAAAAGGUAUCUAAUUGGGCAGAUGAGAGUAUGAUGAGGGAGACUAUUCAUAGAAAGCCUGAAAUUUCUAAUGGUGUAUCCAAAAAAGACGUCACAAAUGGUCAAACAGUUCUAGAUGUAGAAGAGGCAAAACUUGUGCCAGUGAUGUCUAAGGGAGUUUCAUCAAAGCUGAAGAAAUGUGAAAAAAGUAAAGAACAAAGGAAUAGCAAAUGCCAAAAAGAUUUGGAAGUGUUGGACACCAAGAAGCUUGACUAUGCUGGAGCACAACUCCUUAUACCUGUUGAAUCUUACAAAGGUCAAACGAAGGAUUUGGAGCUUCUAAACAAAGAUAUUGAUGCCAACAUCACGUUGCCUGAGGGGACUGAGUUGACAUCUGUAGCUGGUAUUGACCUGCCACCAGAAGAUGUUGGCCAUGCCUUGGAAUUCUUAGAAUUCUGUUCAGCUUUUGGCAAGAUUCUUGAUUUGAAGAAGGGAGAGCCUGAACACAUUCUUCAAGAAAUAUGUGGGGAACAUAGGCGCCGGCGGCAAUACUCUCCAGUUGCUAACUUUCAUGUCCAAUUGUUGGGUCUGAUACAAAAUGACUUGGGAGAGAACUCUCCAGUGACUCUCUCAAUAAAAGCCAAAAAUUCUUGGCUUCACGCUCUACAAAAUUGUGCCUCAAGAUCCAAGUGCUUGUUGAAGAAACUGAAGUUGGAGCACUUUGGUCAGAAAGCUGAUGAUUAUUAUAAUUUAAACUCCUCAGAGAAGAUUAGGCUCCUGAAUUUUCUUUGUGAUGAAGUUCUUUGCACCACAAAAAUAAGGAGUUGGAUAGAUGAUCAGAAUUUAAAAUUUGCGAAAAAGGCAAAGGAAGCAAAAGAACAAGUGCUUGCUGAAAGGCAUAAGGAGAAACAAUUGAAGCAGAAGAUGCAGGAUGAGAUGGCCAUAGCUCUCAUUGCGAAAAAUGGUCUUCCUCUCUCAAUUUCUGAGCAUGAUGCUAUUGUUUCACAAAUUAAAAUUGAAGCAGCUCAAGCUCAUGCUAAGAUGCUGGAAGCAAAAGGCAAGGUGCCUAAAGGGAAGCCAACGUCUGAUGCUGUUAGAACGGAACCUAUCCUAUUGGAUGUUAAUGGGCACAGAUAUUGGAGAUUAAAAGGAUACCCUAACAAAUCUAAUGUUGUGCUUCAAGAUGUGGGGAUCUGGGAUGCGGUUGAGUCAGGAGAAAAAUGGUUCACCUUUGAUGUUGAGCAGGAAAAAGAAAUAGAAAAGUACAUUUAUUCCUUAAGGAAGACAAAACCAAAACCGAGGUCUCAAACACUGAAGAGGCUUUCUUCUAUAAGUAGCCAAGCAGACCUGGGUUAGAUAAUCCACCACCUCUUAUAAAGCAACAUUAAGGGUUUGCUGCAGAUUGAAGAUAGAUAGAUUUGGGAAGUUUUUUUACCGGACGGCUAUGAAAUGAUUGGGACGAUCAGCUCCAUGGUUUUUCAUCUUCCACAGCUAUCUUCAAUUGUUGUAAGUUUUAAAUUAUAUUGUUUUGUCAUUCUGAACUUGCAGUUCAGAAUUAUGCUGAUUGUAUUGUGGACAAGCAAUUAGCAGACUUGCAUUGCUGGGCCAAAAAUUACAAAUUGUAGGAAACACUACUUAAAUCCCAACAUGCAAUUCUGGGACUUGGAACCUUGAGAAUGGUCCAAUGUGGUGCAGGGAACUUUCUUUCACUAGUGAUCCUCGUUUAAAUUUAAGAUGAAAAUUAUGUUUUUUAAAACCGAACUAGACUGAUCGGUCGGACUGGUUCAACCAUAAACCGAAAGGAUGGCUGCUUCGGUCCAGUACUAGAAGUAAAUGAUUUGAAAAUUGGCGUUUUUGGCCUUGGACCAGGCCGGUUCAACCGCCACUUCGUUCCCCCAAUCCCUCUGUUUUCUUCUGCAAUCUCCGUGGCUGCGAUGGUGAUUAGCAAUCUGGUGGCUUCUCGCGCGGGCCUUCUUCCUCACUGCGCUUCUUUGGCAGACAGCCAUGGAGGAUCAUUCAAUCGGUGGUUGAUAGGUCUGUAACGCCUCCUCGACAACCCACGACGCCAACAUCUUCUCUGUUUCUUUUCCUAUUCGGUGAGAUUCCUGGCACUACUGAUUGCCUCUUCCAUUGGUCGUCUUCACCUAGUUUUGUUCUUGCUGCAACCCACUGGAUCUGGGUUUUUGUAGUCUGCGUUGGUUCUAGGGAAAAUGAAGCUUCCUCUCGCAGCCAACUUGUUGGUUUUGGUGCAAAGGUUCUUGAGAAAGCUCAAUCGGAUUUGCAUUUACAGUUGGGUCCAUGAAAAUGUUAGAAAAUUUAUUAUUUAUGUUAUUUGGUAUAUAAUAUUUGCUAUAUAACGAUACAUACUUUU